AUGGCCAACGGCUUAGAAAGACUUGAGAGGCUCUUUGCCUACAAGCGCAAAGCCUCUCCUACUCCUGGUGGACGAGCCAAUUCCGCUGUUCAGGCCACGGAACAACAGUUUCCUUCGCCGUCAUUUAUCCGCCCAAAGACAAGCCGAAUGACUGCGCGCGACGAGGUACGCUGGACGCAAGCUGCAGGACGUUCGCCUUCAGUCCCAGAUAUCGCGACAUCUCCGCCAACUGCUCAUCGCCAAGCACAUAACUCAGUAACAACCGGUUGCAAUCACCCUCCCAAGGGACGAUCAUGCCGGUCUCCUUUCUUCACUCAACGCAACAUUGAACAGUUGAUCACUGGUCUCUGUGAAUUUCAGUUUCCCGCCAAGUCCGGGCUCGACAGCGAACCACUGCCCACAUCACCUAUCCUUGACGCUCCCAAGUUCUGUGUGCCUCCGCUGCCGACUCCUCGGGGCAGAUCUCUGCUGGAGAUUUCUGUACCGAUUUCAAGCAGGCUCGAUACUCCCCCUACUUCAGACGACGGGUCACAGCCAACAAGCCCAAGGGGCAAAGGCCCGCAAAUUCCCCUUCCGGCAUGCCCACCUACUCCAGGUCAGUCUCCUGAUCUGGGGCCUGUCGCCGAUAUCAAAUUGCGCAACGUGAAGUCUGCAGACGCCCUCGACAGAUCGCUGUUUAAGGGCAUUGAAUCUCAGCUGGGUGAACCAUUUGACGACUUCUCGCUGAGCAGAUCGUACAGCCAGUCCAGUCUCGCUCAUUCCGCCCAUUCCUUCUGCAGCUCUACUUUGAGAGAGCCAGAUUUCAACGAGUUUCUAAACCUCAGCGACGACGACAUUGCCGAAUCAACUCCAGACAGCCCGGCAUUGGAGCCUCUGGAAGAUGUGCAUUCAACUCCACCCCUAAUGAAUCUGUCCAUGUCGUCGUCGUCUUCUCAGCCAGCUCCUUGCGCCUUAUUAACCUUGACGCCUCCCCGGGCUAGCCGGCCCGCUGCCGCCGCCGCAUUCGAGGCUGCCAGAAUCGCCCGGCGCUAUGAUUUUGAUUUGGUGUACGUGGUCAACCUUUGGCCAGACACGUCCAGGCAGACCUCUGGCUAUAAUUUGAACAGUCGUGUCAGGCCAAUGAUCGGCCGUUUACUCGCGGCACAUGGCCUUCACCACGUCCCGUCCCCGCUGCAGAUCUCUACCCAGGUUCACACGCAAGUUCUCAAGUCUGAUGGGUGGAUUGAGUACCAAAACCAAGAUGCGCAGCCCCACGACCUUGCGCGCGGGUUUUCAUGUGCCUUCUACACGGGCCAGUACGCCCGAGGCUCUUCAUCUCGCUCCGCCAGCCCUGUUUCAGGUGUGAGGCUGUCUGAAAGAAUUGACCGGGGCAUUGUGUUUGCCGCCUACCGCAAACCCCAGCACGGCCAAGAUAGGCUUGGCAGAAACUUUAGCGAAGAAGAACUGGGAGAGCUGCACCGCGAUGCCGAAGUGCUGGUGGAAAUGGUGAUUGACAUUCACGUUGCCAACAGAAGUCGCCAACCGCGGACACGAACUUCACUUACGGACGAAACUGGACCCAUUCCUCUGCAGACGCUAGUUGAAGUCGCCUAG